UUGUUCCCGCUCUAGUUUCGCACAUGUGUCACGUAAACGUCAACUUUGACGUUUGGUUUAUUGUCAAUAAACAUGUCAUCGGCUACAUUGCCCCUUCUGGAGGAUGACACCAUCGCCUUCGGUGAGGAAGACUUGGACACGGGUGCUGCCAAGGACACCCUAAAGCACCCCUACGUAACUUUUUUCCAUUUAGCCUUCCGAGGGGCCUCCAUUUUCGUCUAUUUGUUUUGUCGUUUGUUCAGUGAUAGUUUCAUUUCCACUUUCGUGACAGUUGUUUUGCUGCUCUCGAUGGAUUUCUGGACCGUCAAAAACAUUACGGGUCGUCUCAUGGUGGGUUUGCGAUGGUGGAACUACGUGGAUGAUGACGGGAAGUCUCAUUGGGUUUUUGAAUCCCGAAAGGGUCAAUUACAGGGCAGGGUGAACGAAAGAGAAUCUAGAAUUUUUUGGACGACUCUUGUUUUGACGCCGUUGUUAUGGAGUGUUUUCUUUAUAAUUGCGUUGUUUGGGUUGAGCUUGAAGUGGAUGUUGCUCGUAAUGAUUGCAUUGGUGCUCAGCGGAGCCAAUUUGUAUGGAUAUUUUAAGUGUAAAGUGGGUGCGAAAGAGAGUGUUGGUUCUGUUACGUCGGACUUUUUCCGAAGACAAGUCCUACAAAGCGCAGUAUCGCUGGUUACGAGGGAGAAUACGGCACCUCAAGCUAAUCCUAUGAGUCAACCUGCCAAUGUAGUUUAGUUUAUUUAUGUUUGUAAAUAUUUCUAAAUGUUGUGAUAAUUAAAUAAUUCCAUUUAA